AUGGAAAUUAACUAUAUAAAAAAUCCUUUUUGUUAUAAAAAAUAUGAAAAAGAACUACCAGUUGUUGUUUUAUUAACUGGUAGUAAUGAUCCUAAUUUGGAAAUAAUUUCAUGUCAUUGGAUUGAAAGAGGUUUUAAUUGUUUAAAAUGUUCACCAAUUAAUAAUUUAAGUGAUAAUUGUGAAGAUGGAAUUAUAGAAAUUGUAAAAUUUAUUGAUAAUUAUUUCCAAGGUGAUGAUGGAUUUCAUAGGAUUUUAUGUUUUCAUCAAAUUUCCAGUGGUUCAAUUUUAUUUGGAUUUUUAUUAAAAUAUAUUCAAGUAAAUGAACAAUAUUCUUAUUUAAUGAGAAUUAUUAGAGGUUCAUUAAUUGAUAAUAAUAAUCAUUAUCCAUUACCAUUACUAAAUGAUGGUAUUGAUAUGUUUCAAUCAUUUGAUAAACCAUUUUUUUUAGAUAUUAGUGAUUAUAGAUUUAAAAAUAAAUCAUAUUUUAAAUAUUUAAUAUCACCCUUAAAUACUUGGAAUCAUGUAAUUAUUCACUCAAAAAAUGAUACUACUCAAAAUCAAAAUUUUAUUAAUUCUUUUAUUAAAAGUGUGAAAUUUAAUUUACCAAAUCUUAAGCAUAUUUCCACCACCACCACUACCUCUACCACUACUACUACCGCAAUUAAUAAUAAUGAUGGAAAUCAAAUCUCUCAAAUAAAUACCUAUUCUAAAUAUCCUUUUGAAACAUAUUUAAUUGAAAAGGUAUUUGAUAUUAAUCAUAAUAAUAAUAAUAAUAAUAAUAAUAAUAAUAAUAAUAAUAAUAAUAAUAAUAAUAAUAAUAAUAGCUCCCAUUUUAAUCAAAAUCCAGGCGAAUAUCAAAAAGUGAUCAAUCAAUUAAUUGAUAUUGUUUAUAUGAAUCAAAAAAAAACAUUAAAUAGUAAAUUAUAG